UCUUACAGCAGGGGUUUUCAAACUGGGGUAAAGCAGAAAAGAGAAAAGGAAAUGUUGGGCAGAAUGUUGCCAUUCACAUUCGAUAGCUGGAGAAAAGAUUCAUUGAAAGUGUUGAUGGUGUCUAAAUCUAACAUUCUACCUAACAUCUUUUGUGCUUCAUGGAAGAAACAAAGUCAUAAGUGUUUGGAACAUCAUGAGGGAUGGAUGCGAGUUACAACGGGAUGCGUAUCUACAACCAGUCCACAGUGUUACAAAAAUUCAACUGGAAAAGAAGAAGACUUUAAUUGUACAUGGGUGGAGAGUAACCCUGAGCAGAAUCCAACAUACACGCUUCAUAUAUGGGACAGUGAAAGGAAAAGUUUUAUCAUGCGUAUGAACACUGGAAGGCGGGCACAGAAAUACCUUCUUUUGGAGGAACUAGGAACCACCUCCAGAAAGAUGGAGAUAUGGGUACAGCGCCAAGUGGGCAACCUCACCUGUAAUUCUGACAAAACCUCAGUCAUCCUUGAAUGCUUAGUCAAAUAUAGUGCACCUCAGAUUACCAAUAUGAAAAGGUCUGCUAAAAAACUCACACUGAAUCUCACACUGGACAAACCGAAGGAUAACAAAAGUGCUAUAUAUGAGAUCAGAUGGAGGGAGAGAGACUCUGAAUGGCAGACGAAGACAUUUCAAACCGAGGACAACACUAUCCAAGAUUUGUACACGCUACUGCUACAGAACCAGGUCGUUUAUCAGAUCCAACUAAGGCGGCAGGCCAGAUUGCUGUUACAUCCAUGUAAUGACUCAAUACAUGCUCUAUGGAGUGAUUGGAGCCCCAUGGUGGAUGUUCCCCUAGAAAUUAGCCUCAAACCAGUAAUACGCUGGGUAGAAAAACAGAGAAAUGGAAGCAGGGAUGUUAAUCUCACAUGGGAUGCCCCACCUGCUGAAGAGUCUGUUGGGGGGGUGAUGUACAAACUGAAUCUCUCUGUCUGGCCUUGUGAAAAACCCAAGACAUUUAAAACCAUAAUUGUGAAUCGAACCUUUCAAACAUCAAUAACAAUGUCUGAGGCCAGAGUGUCCAUCAUCGCAAUUAACAAAGUUGGAAAUUCACCACUUCACCAGAUCAUCAUUCCUGCUGUGAAACAUUUGAACUACUGCCCCAAUCCUCCGAGAACAAACAUAGCCAAGAGAACCUGUUUAGAAUGGUACAAGCUGGAAGACGGUGAGACCCGACCAACGACUGUACAAAGCUCAAGCCAUAAAUUGUUCAAGGACAUUGAAAAUAGUACAGAGGUGGAGAAGUUUGUACGUCAUUAUUACUUCCUUCACACGAUGACCAAGAAACAUCAUCAAACUCAUGCCAUGUGUCCUUUUUACUCAGAAGAGGGAGUACCCACUAAAGGUCCGGAAAAAGUGAGUUUUUCCGAUGUCACACACAAGUCAGCUGUGGUGCGUUGGCUUUCCAUUCCUGUGGUGGCGCAGCGAGGAUUUCUACAACAAUAUGUAAUUUGGAUAUCUGAACAGGGAAACACAACACACCAUCAAGUGCUGGCAAAUGAAACAAGCUUCUUGAUCAAGAACCUCCUACCGGGGACCUCUUACACCGUUUCCAUUGCCGGAAGAACAAAAGCUGGUGCAGGACCGAACUCUACUGUGAACUUUGAAACACAAAGUUCAAAAGGCAUGGCUUUAUCAUGGCAGGACCAGACCAUCCUGAGUGUCUGUGUGGUUGCACUCUUGUGUACAAUAAUCUGCUCUAUAGCUGCCAGAAGAUUUAGGAGUAAGUUGUUACCUGUGGUACCCAGCCCAGUGAUUCCUGCAACAGAAUUCAGCUCUCCUCAUGAUCAGGACUUGAGCAAUGUCACAGAAGAGGUGCAUGACGUCAUUCUCCUGCAGGUUCAAGAUCUGAUCAAACCCAGACAGAAAAUGCCCACUGAACAGAGCACUUUACUGCAAGAAUUUGGGCUUGUUGUCUUUGAGGAAGAGGAAGAGGAAGAUGAGGAGGAAGGAGUUAGUGAUCUAGGCUCCAUCAAAUCCUGUUGCUAUCCGAAUCCUAGUUACAGAGGACAGAUGCUACAGCUGCCAGAGCCUAUCCACAUAACAGAUAACACUUAUAAGUACAAUGACACUGAGUCCACUUACAGAACUGGCCUUUUCUUUGAAACAAGAGUCCUGGAGUGUGACCAAACAUCACCAAAGUCAUGACAGGGCCUGCCAGCCCAUCUUGUUCAUGACAAGUUCUGACAAAUAAACAACCAUAAGCAAACCUCAUCUAUCUGCUACACAUAUUUUGUUUACAACCAGAUGCAGUCUGAAAUGGUGUGAGUAGCAUUUAAAUUUCUUUUCUUUUUGUUCUCAAAGUGCACCUGAGACAUAAUACUGGAAAUAACCCAGUUCUGAGAACAGUGUAAGCUUCUCGGCAGUUACUGAAGUUGCAAGUGCCUCCACACACUUUGUUGUGGUCAAAGUGACGUAUUCUGAAUUUUCAUUCUGUCUAGAUGAAGCAUACUACUUUUAGGUGUUUCCAUCACAUAACAGGUUAUUAUUUUUGGUAUGAUACAUAAUGUAAGAUAACAUGUAUUUAAUAUAAAACCUUCAUAGCUGAACCAUAUAAAAAUGUCCUUCGAUUCACUAGGCUUCUCAUGUUUAAUGCAUUUACCCUCUCGUUCACCAGUGGAAGAAAAAGCUCUGAACCAAAAACUGCUCAGUCGGUUUUUGAACUCAGAGUCAGAAUGACCACAAUCACCAUCACACUAAUUGUAAGGUUUAAAACAAAGUCCAGUAACACAAUUGUGUGUUUUUGUGUGCUGGUUUCAAACACCUAGUUCAAAUCUCUUCUACAUUUUUGGAAUAAUGAAUGUGGAAUAUGUGAAUUUAUCAGAAAUUAAAUUAGCAUAUGCUAAACUACUGUAGUUCAUCAUCCUUUUCUGCCUACACACAAUCUAGCCUAAAGUGAAGCGGUGCGCCCUCUGUCUUUUACAAAUGUACCUGCAUUGUUCAAAAUGAAGAUCUCCUCAUCCUCUAUUAUUCAGAUUCAAUCCUUUAUUAAAAAAAAUCAUUAAUAAAAAUUAUUAUAAUCUCACAAAAAAAGUAUGUAGAGGUACAAGUGUAAUAUAUAUAUAUAUAUAAUGAAAAAGGUAAAAAAGAGCAUCACAAAACUAUUACAUUAGAGUUUAUUGCCAGUGGUUUAGUAGUAGAGUGAUAACCCGCAGUAACCCUAAUUUCCACCAAAAUAACAUAUUACAAUUAAAGAUGCACUUUUUGCUUGUGUCAUCUUUGAUUUGCAGUGACACCUAGUGGCGUGGAUGCAGCAUCAUUCAAAAUCAAUAGUUUUCAAUCACAGAUGCCAUUGUAGAAAAUCAUUAUUCACAGUCAGCCAUGAUUCAUUUAAUCCAAGAGUGAAAGUGUCCAAUAACAGGCUGGUUACUGAGAUUAAAGGUGCUGUAAGCGAUUUCAGCCAUUCUGCUUCCAUGAGAAUGAGCUGUUGUAUUAGCCACGCCCCCUCUUUCCAAAACCCCCCCACUCCAAAGAUAAAAAAAAAAAAAUAGCUUUAUUGAGACCGACAUUGUGCAGAAACGGUUGUUUAAAUCAACAGCAGCAAAAUAGCACCCUAUAAUAGGGAAUAAUAGAGUUCAAAACAGUGUUACUAUGAAUGCAAACUUUAAUACAGUGAAAAAGACACUCUAUUAGCUUAACAUAAAUAUACAUAAAUAAAAAUUUCCAACAUUCUUUUGAAUGUCCAUGUACUAAAAUAAAAUAUUUGAUGCCAUGAGUGUACCUUCAUUUACUAUUACUAUUAUUUUGAAUGGCCAUGGAAAAUGAAGCAAUGUGAUAAUUUUACCUGGUUGCAAAAAGUAGUCCAUUAAUUUACCCGAUGAACUUUCUCCUUUUGCUGACACUUAAUGCUUCGCAGAGCUAAUGUGUGCUUCUAAAUCACUUGCACCUUUAUUAGCAACUGACACAUAAGUGCCAGCUUUACAUGUCAUACAUUCUGCUUCCCGCGGAUCUCGACCUGGACGAAAGCAUGGGAAUUUUUUUGUGCAAAUCUUCUGUAAAUUUGCACUUUCGUUUGGGCAUUGUUUCCAGUCAGCUGUCAUUUGCUGCUACUGUCAAGCUGUUUGAUGCCAAACACAACAGCGCUUCGUGCGUUCGCUGAGAGAUUGACAGGCAGGAAUUUGGCCAAUAGUUGCUGCAAGCCUCUUAUAAUCGACCAAUUGGUGUGUGAGAAGGAAAGACUUACAAAGAGGGGUUAAAGCAAUUCAAAUAUGCGCACGCACACAAUGAAGUAUUAGACCAUAUGCACAUCAUAAUGCAACUAAAGCCGAAUCCCGGACAUUUUCGCAAAUUUAGAAAUCCCGGCCGGAUGCUUUUUUAAGGUCCGAAAAAGAGGACAUGUCCGGGAAAAAAGAGGACGUAUGGUCACCCUACUACAACUACAAUACUAUGAGAAUGAGCAAAAUGAUUGACAGGUGAAAAGUGUCAAUGUCCGCGAUUCGCGACACAUUUUUGUUUGCUGUUUACAGAGUCUACAGCUGUCACAAAGACCGGUGAGAUAUCUCAAAACUUAUUUCAUUAAUAUCUUUAAGGGAGUAGGAACAUUUUUUGCAUACCCUUCCAUGAAAAAAAAUAUAGCUUACAGCACCUUUAACAAAGUAGUAUUUCACUGGUGAUGUGAUCUCAACAUGGCUGCCCCCAUGUGCGGACCCUCUCCAUGUAGAAUAAAACAGCUUUUAUAAGGUUACUGAUAUGGCUGAAUUCUUUAUUUUUUAUGUGAGUGCUCAUGAUUUUAUAUCUGUUUAAAAAUUAUAAUUAAUUUCUUAAAGAGUAAAACUUGUUUAAUGAGGAAAAAAUUACUGAGUGCACCUUUAAACUGUAGAUUUUCAUAGGGAACUUGACAUUAGCCACCAUGGUCUGCAAGAAAAGAGAUACAAUAUUCAUAUAUUAUACUAAAUGUUUUUAAAAAAAUUGAAAAACAUUUACAGCAUUUUCAACAUUUUUUGUUUUAAUUACUUUUUAAAAAUGUCAUGUGUUGUAUCCAUCAUGUAAAAGGUAUUAAAAUACUUUCCUUGCAGGCUUGCACCCUGAAUACACAAGUAUGUACACAAUCAUUCAUUUCAAAAAGUUUUCAAACACAUUUUUUCAAGGUGAAAAAUAUUUUUUACAUGUAUCAUUCAUUUUUAAGUCAAGAAUAUCAAUAGGGUUUCUCAGGGUUAUACCAAAUGACCUGAACAAAACAUUUGUUUAUAUUUAAUGAUAUAUGACAAAAUAGUGUGUGUGUGUGUGUGUGUGUGUGUUUAUACUACGUUGUGGGGACAUUUAAGGAUAGUAAAACCUGAGAUCACCUACAUUGUGGGGACCAGCCAGCGGUCCCCACGAGGGAAAUGGCUUAUUAAACAUACUAAACGAUGUUUUUUUGAAAAUAUAAAAAUGCAAAAAGGUUUCUGUGAGAGUUAGGUUUAGGGUUAAGGGAUAGAAAUUAUCGUUAGAUCUGUAUAAAAUCCAAAAAAUGUAUGUAAGUCUUUGGAGAGUCCCCACAAUUAUAUAAAAACAUAGUGUGUGUGUGUGUUAGACAAACAGUGUUUAGUGUCUAAAGGGGUCUUCUCUGUUUUAAGUUUUUUUUUUCUGUCACGACAACAAAAUGACUACCUACAUGUUGGUUACACCACACAAAAGCGCGGGAAGGGAGUUGCUAGUCAGCAAGACUGGAAAACUGUAUCAACAAGAUUUAAUAUAUUUAAUCGCAUGUAUGCAGUAUGUAUAAUAACAUUUUCGCUUUCAGUAUAUCUGCCAUUUAUGUUAAUAAAAAUUGCGUCCUGUUUCUGAGAGAUUUGUCAUGCUUGUGGGCAGGGCUCUGCCGAACUGAAGAGAGCCCUUGUGUUGGAUACUAGUGAACUUUUUAUUCACCAUUUUUUCCUUUUAUUUGCAAAAAGUGAUUGUUAACAAUAAAAAAGUUAUUUGACAGUAAAUUACGCUUAAACUGUGUUAUUGUAUCAAUGCUGUUGAUUAAUAAUAAAUAUUGCAGUGAAAUAUUACAGAUU